AUGCCAGCUGUAGGCCCUAUGCUCGACGACAUAAAACCACCCGUCCAAGGCGACGAUGAUGUUUCGCAGUAUCAAUCGCCUAGCAUCGAAGCCGAAGCCCAAGAUGCCGCCGCCUACUACGCCAGUACUCACCCUGACCAGCAGCACGAACAGCCAUCCGAUGACCAUGGCCAGCCCGAAGUGCUCGGCCCCGAGCCCCCGACAUCUCGCCAACAAGGCCUCCGCCCGUCCACGAGCAGCGUGGAACAGUUACAACUGGUCGCCCAGCUAAGCCAAGACCUGAGUCAGGGCAUGCCUGCCAUGCUCGACCCGAACGACGACCCGAACGACGACCCGAACGACGACCCGAACGACGACCCGAACCUGCGCAAUGUCAUGGAGCAACAUGAAUCCCAUCAUCCACAGCUUCAGCAGCACGGCCAUGACCCGAUGCAACAAGAGGACCAGCUCCAGCACGACGCGAUGCAGCAACACCAGGAAGACCAGCUGCCACACGACCCGACGCGGCAACAUCAACUCCAGGACGACCAGCUGUCAUACGACGGGAUGCGGCAACAUCAACACCAGGACGACCAGCUGUCACACGACCCAGUGCAGCAACUACAGGAGGACCAGAUCCAGCACGAUCCGAUGCAACAACCACAGGAGAACCAGCUCCAGCACGACCCGAUGCAACAGGACGAGGGAGACCACCCGCAGCACGUCACUCUGCAGAAUCAUCAGGAAAACCAGUUGCCGGAUGCCCCAAUGCCGAACCAUCACGAUGACCGACACAUACUACAUGGCGAUCCGUCCAUGUCUCCUCAUCAGCAACCCACCAACCACUACCAGCAACCAUUACACGAGCAUCAUGAACAGCCUACUCGUCACCAGUACAUUCCAACUGAACAGCAGCAUCAUCACCGCCAGCAGCAGCAGCACCCACCGCCCUUACAGCCAGCUCACCAGUCACAGCUUCAACCUCAGACUCAUCAACACCAACCUCACCUGCAACCGCAGACCACCAUGGACCACCUGGCCCAGCAGUAUGCUGCUCAUGCCCAGGCUCUUUCAGACAGCACCCCACCGCGAAAACGAUCCAAAGUGUCGCGCGCCUGUGACGAAUGCCGUCGGAAGAAGGUCAAGUGUGAUGCUGUGUCGGAAAAUGGCCAAGAACCCUGCUCCAACUGCCGUCGGUCCUCUAUCACGUGCCUGUUCAGUAGGAUACCUCAGAAACGCGGUCCGUCCAAGGGAUACAUCAAGGAACUUGCUGAUCGAAUACACCAUAUAGAAGGAAAGCUAGCCAGCGAGGGAGGCAAUGUUAAUACUCUCACCGAACUUCUUAGUGGAGCUAGGCGAGAAUCUGCUGAUCUCUUUACACCACCGGCAAACAAUGACGAAACCAACAGCAAGAGACCGUACUCGAGCAUAUCUGGCGGCGAUUUUGGGACUCCCACCACGGAGUCGCGCCAGGCCACGUGGAGUUCCGAGCCCCGGGCUAUACAACCUCUUCAGACGCCUUCCAGCGCGCCCCGAGCAGCGCCGUAUUCGGCCAACGGACUGGCACCGCAGCCCCUGCCCAAGACGGAUACUGCCAUGCCGUCGCGGCCGGCUGCCGUGAUGGAUGCGGUGCCACUCGACCUCAACCAUAACGGUGCACUCCGAGAAAUCGAUGAAAGUGCCUUCACGAGCUACCUUCACAUGGUACACGAGUGUUUUCCCGUUCUUGCCGGGACGAAGGCGCGGGUCGAGGCCCAAUUGGCGCAAUGCCCGUCAACACUGCGCGAUGCGUUCAUCGAGGCGCUAUACGGCACCAUGCAGUCAUUUGUCUCGGUGCCCGGUCUCUACACGAAUGGCGAUGUCGGCUCUGCUACUCGCAUGGUCACGGAAUGGGAAGCUGAUCCGAGCCCGCGCACUUCCACUACGAACCUCGUACACCUUCAGACGCUGGUCCUGGCAGCCAUCGCUACGGAUAACUACGGCCCCUCGUCACUGAAGGGCGAACACGGAGGCCCCUCGAAAGCAUCGGUACUGGGGCGAGCCGUGGGCUUGGCGUACUCAAUGAGGCUUCACAUGUCCGGCCUAGAGGCAAGCGCAGAUGUCGAGCUGGACCAUGAUUCAGGCGAGAAUGUGGCCAUCCGUGCAUGGUGGACUCUGAUCAUGUUGGACCGAUGGAAUGCCAUUGCGACUGCCACCCCGUUGUUGAUCCCAAACGACAGCGUGGUCAUUUUACCGAGCCUGAAGGCGCUCCUCGGUGAGAACGUGUAUCAGCUGGCUCGACUGUCCAAUAUACUGGGACAUUUUGCUCCGGUUGCCCUCGCCCCUCCCCAGGCCCUGGCUCCCAGUUCGGGAGCCGCCCCGAUCCUGAACUCGUUUUUCAACUUGUCCAUUGAGCUCUUUCGCGAAGUUCUUCCGCCAAACAUCAACCCAGAAGACCACCCCAUACUUCAUAUGGUGUAUUGGCAUUGCCGAUUACUCGCAUACCUUUUCCAGACCAAUGCCAGGUCAACGGAUAUCCUGUGGCCCUGCAAAGAGUCUGUGAGACUGCUUCUCGACAACACGUCUUUGCUCAGCCCUCUGAACCAUCACUUCUUUUGCCUGACCACGUUGACGCUGUUGGAAUUGGCCAGCGUUGAGACGACGCGUGAGGAGGCGACUCCACAGCUGAGCCAGCUGUUGGAUUCUAAUCUUGCCCCAUCGACAUGGGACGCGUUCAUCAGGGACCGCAUUGCUGAGCACAUUCGACCCUCGACCGCUCAGGCUGCGGCUAGUCAGAGUCUACAACAUCUAGCUGAUCUCGCCACAGCCACCAAGGUCGAAGCCGACAAGCCGGGCAAUAAUGCAGACGCCAAAGCCGUGAGACCAAGCGAGAACCAUGCCGACGUCGGUUUUGAUGCUCGCGCUCUUACUCGCGGAGGAUACCUCAACAUUCUCGCCGAAGGGCGUCUGGCCACAGCGCGGUAG